GCUGUGGUUCGAUCGGACCCGCUCGGCCGAGGCGGCUCAUUCGCUCGCCGAAAGCAACUUCAGGCUCGCCGCGCUUUGCGCGGAGCGGCUGUACCAGGGCUGGUGGAUGAUGUUCGAGACGGCGUACGGCGCCGGGUGGCGCCCGCCCACCGAGCCGGACGAGGAGAAGGACGUGUGCGACCACCAGCGGUUCGCCUUCUUCGACCGCGGCCACGACUGCUGCAGCGGCGAGAGGCCCAAGUUCGACUGGGACCCAACCGAGCUACGCGAUCGGAUGGAAAAGGCGCUCGAAGAGCCGUGCACAUGCCUCAAUCUUCGCGUUGUCGGCGAGUGA